UGUUUAUUGCUUUCUUGAUUCGAAACAGAGCGCGGGAAAAUUGGGGCAGAGAAAAUGGACAAUUCAGGAGCGAUUCUUUGUCAGAUUUCUUCUCUGAAGGACAUGCUUGAUCAGGUGAACGAAGAAAUCGAAGCGAGUAUUCAGGUUACCAGAGAGAUAGAAUCCGAAAUCGUCAAGUGUUCUGAGGCCGAGACCACUUUGAAAGCCAGAGAAUCAGAGCUGACGAAGUUGGUUUACGAGUUGGACUUUGAGCUCGCCGGAUUGAUUGCAGUGGCUGCUCAUUCAAGAACCUCAGUGAAGCUCUUGGAGAAGGAGGUGUCUUUUUUAAAAAUGAAACACAACGAGAUCAUCAAAAGAAUGAACAACAUGAGGGAUGAUUUUACCACAUCAUGCCUAGAUUUCCAGAGGACCAUGGAAAACACGCGAACUGAUGAACUUGAGGAUUUAUUGUCAGAAAAGGAGUUUCUUGAGAAGGAACUUCAUCUUUUGAAUGAGAAAAAUAAUGUGCUGCAGAACUCAAUGUUGGCAUUCAUAGAGGAGAUUCUUGAAGAACUUCAUGGUUCCAAUUCUGCUUUGCAUGUUUUGUUAGAAAACAAAAAGAUCGAGAAUGAGAAAUUGCUCAAGGACAUUGAUGAGUUGAAGACCACACUGCUUUCAACAAUUUCAAUUCUACAAUAAGAGGUGGUUAAAAACCCCCAAGUUUCGAUGAUAUGCCUGACUUGACAGGAGGACAACUAGACAAGUGAAGGGAUGAAAAGUUCUUGAAUUAUGCGAGAGAAAUAUAUGGUUCCAGUUAACUUGGCUGAAAAGUGAACCCAUCUUAUCAG